UCCAACAUGGCGGCCACACAGCAGCAGCUGGCUGUUGCUCUCCUCUUCUUCCUCCUCCACGGGGGAGUUUUAAGUUUUCCUCUGGGUCAGGGGACUAAACAGGCUUCUACCUGUGGAUACGAGUCAUGUCAUCCCACCAAACCAGACAUGCUGAACGUCCACCUGGUCCCUCACACCCAUGAUGAUGUCGGCUGGUUAAAGACUGUUGACCAGUACUACUAUGGAGAUCGUAAUGACAUCCAGCAUGCGGGGGUGCAGUACAUCCUGGACUCGGUUGUGGAUCAGCUGUUGAAGAAUCCAGAUCGGAGGUUUAUCUACGUGGAGACGUCGUUUUUCUACCGAUGGUGGAAACAGCAGAGCGCCAGCAUGCAGCAGACCGUCAAACAGCUCGUUAAUGAAGGCCGUCUUGAGUUUGUAAACGGCGGCUGGUGCAUGAGCGACGAGGCCACCACCCACUACAGCGCCGUCAUCGACCAGAUGACGAUUGGCCUGAGGUUCCUCAAUGACACAUUUGGGCCGUGUGGUCGACCUCGGGUCGCCUGGCACAUCGACCCCUUUGGACACGCUCGUGAACACGCCUCCAUGUUUGCACAGAUGGGGUAUGACGGCUUCUUCUUUGGGCGUCUGGACUACCAGGACCGGUUCCGCAGGAUGUCUGCGAAGGAGCAGGAGCUUCUGUGGAGGGCGUCUGACAGCCUCACACCCCCCAUGGCAGACCUCUUCACUGGGAUCCUUCCCAACGGGUACAACCCUCCUGAAGGUUUCUGCUGGGAUCAGUCGUGUAGUGACGCACCAAUCAGAGACGAUCCUGACCUGGAGGAUUACAAUGUUGACGAUGUGGUGACUCGAUUCCUCAGCAUUGCAUCCAGUCAGUCUAUGGUUUAUAAGACCAACCACAUCAUCAUGACCAUGGGCUCAGACUUCCAGUACGAGAACGCCAACCUGUGGUACAAAAACCUCGACAAGCUCAUCCACUACGUCAACGCCCAGCAGGCAAAAGGCAUCAAAGUCAACGUGCUCUACUCCACCCCGUCCUGCUACCUGCAAGAGCUGCACAGAGCAAACUCCAGCUGGGCUUUGAAGACAGAUGAUUUCUUCCCUUAUGCAGACGAUGCUCAUGACUUCUGGACCGGAUACUUCACCAGCCGACCGGCGCUGAAACGUUACGAGAGGGUCAGCAACAGCAACCUGCAGACAUGUAACCAGCUGGAAGUUCUCGGAGGUGCCGUCUCCAGGAGUGGACCUUUUGGAAACGGAGACAGCCAAACCCUGAAGAAAGCCAUGGCGGUGGCUCAGCACCAUGACGCCGUGUCAGGCACAGAGAAACAACACGUCGCAAACGACUACGCCAGGAGACUCGCCAACGGCUGGCAGCACUGUCAGGUGUUGGUCAGUAACAGUCUGGCUGCUCUGAGCGGUUCGUCUGCUGAGCGAGUUUACUGCGACAACCUCAACAUCAGCGUGUGUCCUCUCACCGAAUCCAGCAAAAAGUUCUCUGUCAAUGUGUACAACCCUCUCGCUCGCCCCGUCACAUGGCCGGUCAGACUGCCGGUGAAUGGAUCAGUGUAUGAAGUCUCAGAUGCUAACGGCAAAGCUGUCGACUGCCAGGUGGUUCCGGUGUCUGCAGCCACUCAGGACGUGAGGAGAAACCGCGGCUUCGCUGUCAACGAGCUGCUCUUCCAGGUUCAGGCUCCUCCUCUGGGUUUCACCACCUACUUCGUGUCCCUGCUUCAGGACGGGCCUCCACCAGCCUCCACAAAGCUGCAAACACCCACCACCAUCCAGAACAAGUUUCUACAAGUGACCUUUGACCCUGAUACUGGCCUGUUGAGCGGCCUCAGCAACCUGGAGACCAAGCAGAGCAUCAAACUGACGCAGAACUUCUACUGGUACAACGCCAGUGACGGUAACAACUCAGACAGUAACCAGCCUUCAGGUGCCUACAUCUUCCGACCCAACACCUCCACACCUUUCAUCAUCAGCAAGACGGCAAAGACGGAGACCAUACAGACAGAUGUGGUUCAGGAGGUGAGGCAGUGGUUCUCUCCCUGGGUGUCUCAGGUGGUUCGUCUCUACAGUGAAAGCAGAGCUCUAGAGCUGGAGUGGACCGUCGGACCGCUGCCUAUCGAUGACGAUCUGGGGAAGGAGGUGAUCACCCGUUUCGACACCAGUAUUGAAACAGACGAAUAUUUCUACACUGAUUCAAACGGCAGAGAGGUGCUGCAGAGAAGGAAAGAUUUCAGACCCACCUGGAAUCUAAGGCAGUCAGAGCCCAUCGCUGGGAACUAUUACCCCAUCAACUCCCGGGCUUUCAUCAAGGACGACAUGGACCAGCUCACUGUGGUGACGGAUCGUUCCCAAGGAGGAGGAAGCAUCCAGAACGGCUCUUUGGAGAUCAUGCUCCAUCGCCGUCUGCUCUACGAUGACGUCCGUGGCGUUGCAGAACCUCUUAACGAGACCUCCGACAUCUUCCCAGAGGGGCUGGUGGUCCGAGGUCGCCUCCUGCUGUCCCUCGAACGCCCACCCAAUGCAGCUGAUGCACACCGCCCCCUGGCCCAGGAGGUGGUACUGCAGCCUCUGCUGACAUUCAGUGAUGGAGAUCUGCACCCUAACACUAAACUGGAGUUCUCAGGUCUGCAGGCUGCGCUGCCCCCUGCUGUCCACCUGCUCACACUCACCCAGUGGGACAAAGACCUGGUACUGCUCAGACUGGAGCAUCAGUUUCAGAGCUGGGAGAGUAAAGUGAACGCUCAGCCCGUCACCAUCAACCUGCAGAAGCUGUUUUCCACUCUGGAGGUGUUGGGCAUGUCUGAACUGAACCUUUCAGCCAAUCAGUGGAAAGACGAGAUGAAGCGUUUCCACUGGACGCCAGAAUCAGGUGAGAGGCCCCUGCAGAAGACAUACGAAGACCCCUCAGCAUGGGAGGUGACCUUAAGGCCAAUGGAGAUCCGCACCUUCCUUCUCCGCGUCAGCCUCAGAUAGCCAAUCACAUUCCUCUGUCUUUUUACAAGGAUUUUAAAAUUGAUUUUAGCAAUGCAAUCGAAAAUGCAGUUUUUAAGUUUGUUUAAUUGGAUCAUCUCAAAAAGAACAAGGCUGAAUCUUUAACAUUAGAGACAGACAACACUGCCAAACUUUCCUGCAGACUUGUUCUGGUUCUCUACAAACAAGAGAGGAUCCUGUUUGUCCUUUUAAGAACAAACCUUUAAUGAAAAAUCUCUGAGUCCACCUCUUGCUGUCUAAACAGGAAUAAAAAAGGAGAAGACUCAUGCUCACAGACUCUCUGUGGUGUGAUUUUAUUGAACAGUAUGUGCUGAAGCUGCUUUUGUGCUGCAGGAGCAUCAAAAAUAAAAGAAACUGCAUAUUUUCAGCCCUAAAUAUGAGGGUUUUUAUGCACUAUCAAUAUUUCCCUCUCUGAAAAUAAACCUGGUGCCAACAUUGACUGACUGCCUGAAGAGUGCAAUACCGUAAUAUUUGUUUUUCAGCCAAGACGUGUAAAUAUUUGAAAUGAUUUUAUACCAAUUAUGGAUCAAGGGAAAUAAAGUUUCUGAUUCUUAA